CACGUGAUGUGACGCGAACGUUGUUUACGCGUUCUGCCUCCGCGUCCAACGCACCCCUGGCUGCCCCUAGACGCUUUCAACCACACCAGCACCAUCCCAGCAACCCGACACAUCUCUACCUCGACAACAUGGCAGGCGCCGCGCACGACGACGACCUCGACGCUAUCCUCGCCCUCACACCCGACCAGCGCGUCGAACGCGCCGUCCAGAAGCUGCCCACGCUCUCAGCCCAGGACGUCCCGCUGCAAGAUUCGUGCCCGAUAUGUCUUUUGCCGUUUCCAAGCAUUAUAUCUGGCGAGAACGUCGAACCAGAAAGCCCCGGCGAGUUGGUAGGCGUGACGAAACUGCAGGGCUGCGGGCAUGUGUUUUGCAGGCUCGAGUGCGUAACGGGGCCGCUUUCCUCCUCUGCAGCCCACUGACCCGCGCACAGCUUGAUAGAGUGGAUUCGCGGCAGGGUGCGUGACACAACUUUCUGUCCCGAGAGGCGAGACGCAGAGAUUUUUAACUUCCCGCGACUGCGCAGCAUGGCACGUGCCCCGCAUGCAGGCACGUUUUCCUCGACGUCAAGCCCGCCUCCGAGUCCGACGGCGAGUCCUCGGACGGUGAUUACGUGCCCGGCGAAGAGGACUAUGACGAGGACGAGGACUUCGAAUUCGAAUUCACCUACGACAGCCCGGACCCUGCCGACGAGCUCGACGAUCAGGUGCUCGCCUCGUGGGACGAGCCCGUGCUCCUUGAAGACCCUGAGCCGGAUGAGAACUGGGGGCUCAGCGACGGAGACAGUCUGUCUGAGGGCGACGGGACGAUGAAUGCGGACGAGGCACUCGAGGCCGAUGCGAUGAUUGAUGGUAUGUCUAGCCUCGUCGCUUCUAUCGCUUUGAGC